CGUGAAAAGAAACCAUCCUCCCAGAUUCGGAUCCGAGACCCCAACCAGGGUGGAAAGGACAUCACAGAGGAAAUCAUGUUUGGAAGCCGCAAUCCUACUCCUCCUGCCGGGCACUCGGCCUCCACCUUAACCCCACCUGCAGGACAGCCCUCCUCAACACCAACCCCACCCACAGGACACCUGUCCUCCACACCCACCCCUCCACAGCCAAGCAACUGUCAGACCCCAGAACAAACGACAUGUGUCAACCCACCUCAGAGAAUCUCAGAGAGCCCUGCGCCCAUGGAUGGCAAAUCUAAUUUAGAUGACAGGCCAAAAAUGGAGUCUGCUCCCAUAAUGCCUGUAUCUCCUGGGCCUAGGCCUUCAGAGUCCACUUUAGAGAAAAGAGAAGCCCCAAGUCUUCCAUUAUUAGCCUCUUCUUCUCCAGAGAUGGCCUCUGAUGUUCCCUCCCAUCCUUCAAGUGAAUGCAUUAAACCAACUGCUGCAGGAGAACCUGAAUUUAUUUCUCCUUCAACUACCAAGUCUCAGACGCAUCUGGUUAAUUCUGGUGGGGACUCUAUUCCUGAAAGUUCUCUCAGACUGUCUGCUUCGCCCUCGCCGUCCCUCAAAGUGGUAAAUGGCCUUGCCGAGUCUCAAACUCACUUAUCAAGCUAUGAAGAACUUGAGGCCCAGGAAGCCCUAAAUAUAUCAUUGUCCAGCGAGGUUCAGCUGCCAACCCAGGGUAUGUUAUCCAUGGAGGAGUCUGGUCAGGAAGUUCCAGUGGCCUUGGAGGAGCUCCAGGCAGAGCACCUCCCUUCUCUAGCUGUACAUGUGCCCUUGAUCCCUACAGUACAGGCCCCUUCAAGCACCUCCUGCACUGCUACUGUCAUUGGACCACCACCUGGUUUGGCACCACUAGUGCAGUCAGUUGUCCUUGAGGUGCCAGAGCAAAACAAGUCCUCGGACAAUGUCCAACCGAAGGCUCAGGAUGCUUCAGAAUCACAAACUCAGAACAACUCUAGAAAGUUCAUACCCUCAGCUGUUUCUGCUGUACCAAAGUCUUGGAAGAAACCAAAUGAAGAUGUUCUGAUGGUGGAAACACUGCUGAAGGAGAAUGAGGAGGAGACCACAAAGGACAGCUCUACUGGAGAUGACAUGGUCUCACAACCAACCUUAGGGCACCAGGAGAAGCUCUCAGAGGAGAACGGUGAGAUUGAAACAGAGCCUUUUAGGAAUGGGGUGGAGACAGAAAGCACUGACAGUGGCGUUACACUCGGAGACAGCAGGGGGUCCAUGUGUUCACCCACUCCACUCAUGCAGGAAGGUCUUGUGCAAUCUAAUGGAAAGAGACAGUAUGACCGGGACUUCCUGUUGGGUUUUCAGUUUAUGCCGGCCUGCGUGCAGAAACCAGAGGGACUGCCUCAAAUCAGUGAUGUGGUGCUAGACAAGAUUAACCAAAACAAGCUGCCACUGAGGUCUGUGGACCCCAGGUUGAUUUCCAGGGGCACUCCCCAGGAUUUCACUCCCGCUUUUGCUGACUUCAGCAGGCAGAUGCCAGGAGGACAUGGCGCCCCACUUAUAAACGUGCGGCGACUUCCACCACGCAAGAUCAUAGUAAAUGUUUCCGUUAAUGAUGACGUUCAGCUCAAGAAGGCAGAGAAUGCCUGGAAACCUGGGAUGAAGAAAGAGAAUGUCACAGAUGACCCAGAGGCCCUGAAAACCCAGGAGUUGUUCCGGAAAGUUCGUAGCAUUUUGAACAAGCUCACACCCCAGAUGUUUCAUCAGCUGAUGAAGCAGGUGACGGAUCUCACGAUCAACACAGAGGAGAGGCUGAAAGGAGUCAUCGACCUUGUGUUUGAGAAAGCCAUUGAUGAGCCCAGCUUCUCUGUGGCCUACGCCAACAUGUGUCGCUGCCUGGCUACGCUAAAAGUGCCCACAGCAGACAAACCUAAUACCACAGUAAACUUCCGGAAGCUGCUAUUGAACCGCUGUCAGAAGGAAUUCGAGAGGGACAAAGUGGACGACGUUGUAUUUGAGAGAAAACAAAAGGAGCUGGACUCUGCCACAUCACCCACAGAAAGGGAAAAAAUGCAGGAAGAGCUCGAGGAGGCAAAGGACAAGACCCGGCGUCGCUCCACAGGAAAUAUCAAAUUUAUCGGUGAGCUGUUCAAGCUCAAGAUGCUGACAGAGCCCAUCAUGCAUGACUGUGUGGUGAAACUACUAAAAAACCAUGACGGCGAGAGCUUAGAGUGCCUCUGCAGACUCCUCACUACCAUCGGCAAAGACCUUGACUUCGAGAAAGCCAAGCCCCGUAUGGACCAGUACUUCAACCAGAUGGAGAAAAUUGUCAAAGAGCGCAAGACAUCGUCACGGAUACGGUUCAUGCUACAGGAUGUGAUAGAUCUGAGACUGCAUAACUGGGUGUCCCGAAGAGCAGACCAGGGUCCUAAAACCAUAGAGCAGAUCCAUAAAGAGGCCAAGCUGGAGGAACAGGAGGAACAGAGGAAGGUUCAUCAGCAGCUUCUGUCUAAGGACAUCAAGAGGAGGCCAGACCAAAGAGAUCAGCGCUCCCAGAGGGAGGAGACCUGGAACACUGUGCCCACUACUAAGAACAGCAGGACCAUCGACCCCACAAAGAUCCCCAAGAUCUCCAAGCCUCAAAUCGAUGAAAAGAUUCAGCUUGGUCCGCGGGCUCAGAUCAACUGGAUAAAGGGCAGCAGUGGUGGAGCUAAAGCUAGUGACCCUGAGUUAACACGCUCUGCCAGUAGCACCCUGAACCGUUAUUCAGCACUACAGUCGUCCACGUCUCAGCCCAGCCCAGCACCAGCCCAAACUUCUGAUUCUGAUUCCAGACGCCCACUGGGAAGUCGAGGCAGCACUGGUCGUGAUCACAGUGAAAAGCCGUUGAGUUUGGGGCCGUCACGACCGGGGCUCUUCAGCAGAGGUAGCAGCGCUAAGGAGCUAACAGACAACAUGGCCCCUCAGGAGACAUGGAGAGAGGGGCCUGACUCACACCAUACACCUCGUAAAGCCAGCAUUCCAGAGGAGAAAUGUGAGAUAGAGAACAACAGACCCACAGAGACAUUGAAAUCUGAGACGCUGCAGGUCACUGGUGGUUCAGAGAAGCCCAUCCUGACCGAAGAGGAGGUCGAGCGGAAGUCCAAAUCCAUCAUUGAUGAGUUUCUGCACAUUAAUGACUACAAGGAGGCAGUGCAGUGUGUUAUUGAGAUGGAUCAGCCCUCUCUGCUGUUUGUGUUUGUGCGCAUGGGUCUGGAGUGCACACUGGAGCGUAGUCAGAAAGCCAGAGAGCACAUGGGACUGCUCUACUAUCAGCUUAUUCAGAAGGGCAUCUUACCCCAUUCUCAACUCUUCAAAGCGUUUUCGGAGAUGCUGGAGCAGGCUGAUGAUAUGGCCAUAGAUGUUCCCUUCAUUUGGCUUUACCUGGCUGAGCUGCUCAGUCCUCUGCUGAGAGAAGGAGGAAUCAACAUGAGAGAGCUGUUCAGUGAGUUAAGUAAACCGCUACUCCCUGUGGGAAGAGCUGCCAUCAGUUUACACAAAGAUAUUAAAAAACAACUCUGUGUCUUUUCCCACUUUUUCCAGAAGUUAGAGUUCACCGAAUCAGAAGUCUCCCCUGUGUCCCCGGCCACAGCUAAACCCAGCCUCAGUCCUGAGGAGCUCUUCAAACAGCUAGAGCACCUCCUGCUAGAAGACAUGGCUAGUGACGAACAGAUCUUCGACUGGGUCGAGGCUAAUUUGGACGAAUCUCAAAUGAGUUCAUCUCCAUUUUUGAGAGCUUUAAUGACGGCUGUAUGUAAAGCAGCAGUUAAAGAUGAAAGCACGUCCUGUAGAGUGGACACUACUAUCAUCCAGAGACGCCUGCCUAUAUUACAUAAGUACCUUAACUCGGACACCGAGCGGCAGCUGCAAGCACUUUAUGCUCUUCAGUCUUUGAUUGUCGCCCUGGAUCAACCUCCCAAUCUACUCCGAAUGUUUUUCGACUGUCUUUACGAUGAGGACGUUAUUUCGGAGGACGCUUUCUAUCAGUGGGAAACGAGUAAAGACCCAGCGGAACAGCAGGGAAAAGGUGUAGCACUGAAGUCUGUCACCGCUUUCUUCACCUGGUUACGCGAGGCGGAGGAGGAGUCUGAGGAUAAUUGACACAAGCAGGUGGCCGACGCCCAGAGGCCCCCUACUGACACAAACAAAAAAUGCAUCCAGACUAAAAACAGGUCUAGCCAUAGACAGACUUACUCCUGCAGACACAGGAACUUUGACUUUGAAACGCUGGCCAACUUGAGCUGGAACUCUCUACGCAAUGGAGAAAACACUAAAUACUUGUAUCAUAUAUAUAGAAAAUAUUUUUUAAGUUUGACUUUUUGUUUCUUUUGUUACUUUUAAAAGAAGAGACUUAAAAUAGGUUCUGAAUUCUUUAAUUUAUUAUUUUUUUAAGAGACUGCAAGUAUGGAGUUCUAUUUAACAUUUGCAGGCAAAAAGAACAUUGUUAGAAAUUACAGAAUAAACAUGUAUCAUAACAAUAUUAAUUUUGUUUAAAUGUGUCAGCAGCCUCCCUGGAUUCAUGUGAUUGACCUUAAAGCAAAUAAAAUAUUUCCUCAGAAAUAAAUAAAUGCAUACAUUUUUGGCUCGAGGUGGGGCUGGUCCAGGAUCGGCUAAUGUUGCUGAAGUUUCAGGCUGUUUUGAGAAACACCCGCCACUGGUUCUUCUGCUUCGGCUUUUGCUCAACAGACUUUCCAAGUAACAUGGCAAACACAGUAAAAA